CCCCGCCUCCUACAGGUGUAUACAUUUAUAAAGGCGUUAAUGAGCUUUCCAAAAUGUCGGAUAGGAAGGAAAGAAAAAAAAAAAUUGGCGGUUGGAGAAUUUAGCAGCGUGACUUCUUAUAGGCUAUUUAAGCGAAAUGAAUGACUCUGAGAACCCGGAGGAGAAGGGUGACUCUGUUCCUGAGGCCAGCUGGCCUGAAAAUGGAGAUCAGUGGAGCGAUGGAGGAGAAAUGGAAGAAUCUGGGCUCAUUCAAGAAAUGGUGGAGGAAGAUGAGGAGAUUGAUCUGUACAACGAAGAGACCUUCGGAUUAGACCUAAAUGCUGAAGAUCUGGAGGCGGAUCCUGUUGAUCUUCUGUUAAUGGAAGGAAACCAGCCCGCCUCACCCCAUCCUCCAUCACCACACAAGCCCUCUCCUCCCAGACCUAAAGUUCAAAUCGAGCCCCAGGUUCCCACAAGACCGAGUGAGAAGUCCCGCAGCCGAUGGGAGCGAGUCGGUAUGGGGCAACUGCUGGAUGACCCGGCUGUGAUGAGGACUGUGGAAGGUCCACCCAGUCUCAAGAGUUUGGACAGCGCUAUUGUGGACUGUGGACGCAGUUCAGGCUGGGGGGAUCUCAACGCAAACACGUGGAUGAUGUCACCUUAUGGCCCAACGAGACAAACGCCUCUCUUACAAGACAGAGCCAUCGUGCGAGUGAUUGACAGGGCGUCUCGUGGUAGUAUGCCCUUCACGUCUCCUACCUUGCAAUCCCCGCUGCAGAGGGCUCUCCCUCGGCAGGCGCCUGUCUGUCCGGUGAUGCCUAGAUCUCCGAUACGCCCUCAAAGUCCAUUCUCAAUUAAACAGAAUUACAACCAGCCAGGCAUUUAUCUUUCACCCUCCACGCCACGAUACCACUCUCCCAAAAUGAUGCCGCUGCAGUUUGGACCAAACUCACCCCGACCCGGCCCCUGCUUCAGCCCUUUACCCAGUCCCCUCCCUCAGAGAUUCAGGUUCCCAGUCCUGGCAACCCAGCUCCAUCCACAGCACAAGAGAUUGCUGAGUCAGCGUCCUCAAGGCUUUCGGAGAAAGUCAAAGGAUUGGGAUCAUUAUGCUGAGCUCAUGUCAGCCAAAGAGAAGGAAUGGAUCAUUAAGUUGCAGAUGAUCCAGCUACAAAGUGAGAACCCCCAUCAAGAUGAUUAUUAUUACCAGGAGUACUAUCGGAGACUGGAGACCAAAUUGGCUGAGGAAGAAAUGCUGGGUGACCGCUCCAAGAGGGAACCACCCAAACUCACUACGCCGUACGUCAACAAAACUGUAUCAUACACUCCAGUGGUUCAUAUCGAGGGCUCUCUGGGUCAAGUCGCCGUUUCUACGUGUUACUCGCCACGUCGAGCCAUCGACGCUGUGCAUGGGCACACCAUGGAGGAACAGAACGAUAUCAGACAACAGAAACUCGAGGUGCUGAACACCAUUGAGAAGUGCUACAUCACUUUGUUGGGGGUGGAGGAAGCCGAGAGAAUGAAGGCUAGCAUUUCGGAUGAGGAGGAAAGGCAGAGAAGGCUGACGACCAUUCAGAGAGGAGUGGAGCAGAUCAGCAGCCAGCUACGCCACCCUAACUCUUUGGAGUCUGCAGAAGAGUUCCUACCAUGCCUCUUGGUUUCAAAAGGGAAAAAACUGCUGUCAAGGCUCCUCCCAUUUCUAUCCCAUGACUCAUCUUUGCAGGUUCUGAGAGCGAUCACGACACACCUGCCGGCGCUGAUGAGCCGAGACAUAGAUGAGGCUCUUCCUGUCCUCUACCCCUCGCUCCGAGCUGUGAUUGGCACAUUGACGUUCUCCCAGCUAGUCAGCAUCCUCCGGGACUUCACCACAGCCUUACCUGACUCCAAAGACUCGCGCUUAACACUGGCCUGCCAAAAUAAGUUUGGUCUGUCACUGGUGUACGCGUUGCUUUCACAAGGCGAGCGACUCCUGACCUCUGACAUUCCCAUGGAGCCAAGCAUUGGUGAUUUCGAGACAUGGACGGACACGGUUUUCCACGUGGCACGGCAGCUGUCCCGCUCGUCCCUCAUCGAGCCGCUCUUCUUGCCCUCCAAUCUGCUCACGCUGUUCUGUCGCUAUUUGGACAAACGCACUGUCCAGCAGCUCAAGAACAACAUGGAGUCUUCAACUGGCUAUCUGGCUGUAGGUUCCUGAGAAAAAACUUUUUGUUUUGUUUUGUUUUCUUUGUUUUCUUUUUCUUUUUUUAAAAUCCCCUCCGUAGAGAAACUCCUCACAUUCCUCGUCGGCUCCAGAUGGUGGUGAUCAACGUUAACCCCAGACUCGCAUAAAUAUCCAUGGGAGAAAAAAGAAGAAAAGAAGAAAAAGAUUCAGCCAUUUAGGUGAAAAAUAUCAGGACUGAUUUAUGUUUCACCAAAAAAAAAAAAAAAAUUCUAGCCUUUUUUUUUUUCUUUAAUUUAGGAGAGAUUCAUUUCCACAUAUUUUGUCAUGUACGUGUCCAUUUUAUUUAUUGUAUCUUUAUUUCAUCACUAAGUGAUAUUUAAGCACUGUUGAAUAGCAUGUAUAAAAUGCAAAAAAAUGAAUAAAUGCAAUUCUAAAAAUGUACUACGUCUAAAACGUUUUUAUAACGUUUUUAUUUAGCUCUGUUUAUGUUGGAUGCUGCCAUGUGUGGCUAGUGAUGAACCCCCUUGUGCUGAGGUUUAUGUUUAAGAUCUUAUGAUGUUUAAACUGGAUCUUUUUAAUAGUGUAUAAGCGCAUACCCAACUCUCCCAUUCUGACUAAUGUCGAGUCACUUGUGUAUCAUGUUUAUGAUUGAUCUCAAUCCAAGAGCAGGUGUUGAAGAGUGAAGAGGUCUUUCUGAUUGGUUAGAUGUCUGCCUUUUAUUAGAUUUAUGUUUGAACAAAUCCUCAGCUUGUUGAUCUGAGUUUGAGAGAGUGGCCUCUGGUUUCAGUCUAAACAUUUACAUCAUGCUAAAACUCUUCAGAGACUCCCUAUGGCCUCCAUAUGAACGUCUGGCUUUCUGGUUUGGGCUUCACAUUCCUGGGAGUUCUGCUAGGGUAAAUGUAAAGUGAUUUUUGGAAAUGGAAGAAGCUUCAUAUCCAUCCAUCCAUUCCCACAUUUAAACUAGCAGUUAUCAUUUAUUCAUCGUUAUAUGGUACGACAUCCACCUUGUAGAAUUCAGGAUUUUUGUCUUACUGUUUGUAUUGGCGUCAGAACAUCACUGCUUGUGACGAAGCUGGUGGAAAAAGCAGCUACUGCCAUGUUGAUCGGCAGGGUCAGACUGGGACUGAAAAACGGCCCGGGACUUUGAAACACACCGUGUACAGUUCCCAAAUACAAAUUCACAUGCCAUCCACUAUAUAAUAGUAAAUUAAGAUGCAAUGCUAUUGAUGGCUGUUAACAGCACUUUUGAUCUAAUUAUACAGUAUUUAAAAAAAAAAUUAUUUGGCACCAGAAGCCAGUUCCACUCCCUCCUUAGACAAACAGCAGGUGGCGCAUCUG